AUGACUUGUUUUAAGCAAGUUUCUGUAGAUGCCAUGCUAUGCGCCCCUCCUAAGUUUUCUAUAUUACGAAAUCACCAUGUUACAGUCUUGCGCAUUGCUUCCAUUCUGCGACAUAAAGCAUUAGCUCUCAAGUAUUUAAACAAGUGCUUUUAUUUUAUGGGAAUCGGCAACAACGAUUACAUUAACAAUUACUUCCAGACUCAGUAUUUUAACACCAGUCGAAUAUAUACACUUGAACAAUAUGCUUCAGUUCUUAUUGAACAAUAUUCUCAACAAAUUAUGACUUUGUAUAGUUAUGGAGCAAGGAAGGUGGCCUUGGUUGGAGUGGCACCAAUAGGCAAUGCAACCGAACCUUUUAAUGAAAAGCUUAGAGCUCUGGUGGACAAGCUCAACACGGAUCUGGAAGAUGCACAAUUCAUCUAUGUUAACGCUUCUUCAGUGUCACGUCCUGCUGAUUUCAAGGUUCCGAACAUUAGCUGCUGUGCAGUAAAUGAACUCGGGCUAUGCAAUCCUUUCGAACCUGUAUGCCAGAAUAGAAGUGACUAUGCAUUAUGGGACUCAUUCCAUCCGACUGAGGCCGCCAAUAUAGCCAGUGCAGGAAGAGCAUACAGUUCUCAAGACCCAUCGGACACUUAUCCCAUGGAUAUCAGUCACCUAGUUCAGCUUAGUCUAUGAUCAUUGUUGGACUCUAAAGCCAGGCAAAU